GCCCGGACUCCGUCUAAUUCUGCCCCGCCGCGGGAAGCGGAGAUCUGAGGGGUGGAGCCUGUGGCAGCGCAGUGCUCCUCCCUCUUUGGCUCCCUCCCAGCCUCCCUCCCUCCCCGCCGGGAUCAGUGGCCCCCGGGGCCUCUCGACGUUCCCGGGGCCUCCGAUGGCCCCGGCCUUUUUGGCGCUCUCUCUCUCUCCUCCUCUCUCCCUAGAGCAUCCGUCCCGCUUCCCCCGCCGGGCGGACCGCCCGAAGGGUUCUGCAGCCUCCCCGCCCCUCGAGGGAGCGUCCCCCGGGCCAUCUCCCCUCCCGGUGCCCUCCCGUCGCCCUCUCGUUUCGCCUUCUCCCGUCCCAGACCGUAAUCCCCAACUUCUCCCACCCUGCCGGUCCUCUCCACUGACGUCCCGUCGGAGCUGAUUCCGCAACACGGGCUCGGGCUUCGAUGCCUCUCGCAUCCCGUAACGCGAGCCCCCGGCUCAGUAGCCUUUGGGGAUCACCGCCGCCUCGGAGAGAACACUUCUUCUGGAGCGAAGAUGAGCUUCGGAGGGAAGGAGGUUUCCCUCGCCAGAUGUAUAGGGACGGUGCCAGCCUUCCCCCUUAGACCGAAUCGGCCUUAAACUUGCCUCCCCGGUAAUUCGGUGGGUCUCGCUAGACCUAGCCCGUAUUAUUGUCCCGGUUUUCGUAUGACAGUGAAACGCGAAACGUGUCUUGGUAGAGAGCCCGUGUGUGAGGAAGUGGUGCGGGGCCUGCAGAGAGCCAGUACCGAAGCUAAGUAGCCCGUUUCAGUUAUUCAGCAGAGCUGUGACCUUAAAGUUAGGUCCGCAGAAGAAAGAGCUUGACAGUGGGGAGCGAUUAGGAACUUUUUUUCUUCUUCUUCUGACCUCUACUGCCAGCAUCCCUAGAAGGAAUGAGCUUUCUGUGAUGCCGACCUCCCCGUUUUUGUAGAGCGGAUGGAGUUAAUUGUGUGUAAUUUAGGUGUAUGAGUCCAGAAGUGGCGGGGAAUUUCAAAAAGAAGCUCUCGGAUGUGCCUCUGCCGGUUUUCACCUGCCAAGGGGCCCUUUGCCAAGGUAAUGAUAUCAGUGUCACUUUGGGAUCCAUUUCUUUCUAUUUGGAGUCCUCCAGGCCUUUCUGAAAGUCCUUCCCCAUCAACUAUGAUAUACGCCCUGGCGUGGCCUAUGCUUAUUCCACAGGUCCGAAGCCUGUGAGGUAGGAACAAAGCCCGACCCGGCCAGUUUUGUCCCGGUUUGGCCGCCCAAGGGUGCCUAAAGUGCUGCUAGACUGUAACCAGCCCAGGCUUCAGUUCUAGGAGUGCUACUGGCCCCCUGUGUCGUGGCUUCACACACGUGUGCUUAAGCCCCCUGGCUGCUGGAUCUACAGGUUCUGGCAAGCCAGGGAAAACUGGGCCUGCACGGCAGGGAGGCCCAGGCCUCUUCCCAGCUCAACCUUGGCUCACAUCUGGGCUGACUCCGAAGCAGACGGGAUUCAGAUGAUCUACCCAUCCUCAGCACUUUGUGUGUGUGUAUAUAUACUCAUUUAUUUUGACACCUCUACUGCAAAUGUUUGUCUCCACCCCACUCCCGUCCCCGUGUUAGAGUGCGAGCUCCUAGUGGGCAGGGAUCAUGUCACUUCUUUAUUCUGUACUUCCCAAGUGCCUAGCGGAAUGCAUAGCACCAAGUGGGCUUUGAGAAAAUACCGCUACCGCUACAGAGGACCACUCAGACUGGGCAGGGGCCAGAAUUUGGAUGGGCUGGACCGGGCCAGAAGUUUCCAUCCCAGGCUGGGGUCUACCCUAGAACCUGUCUCAUGGCAUGAACAAACUCCAUGGCACCUAAGGACUGAUUGAUGAGGAUGCCUGGAAGAACACUUUCCCCCAAAAAGCCUAAUACUAAAAAAAAAAAAAUCCAGGAGGAAAGCAACAAAUGAGAAUUUGUAAGCUUUUGUGAGUGUGAGCCUGGGUGCCUAGGCACUGUGGAAAAAGUGGGCACCAGUUGAUUGGUGUUUGGAGUGACAGGCUGUGGUUACAAAGACACCACAUUUUCAGUUCAGAGUUGCAGUCCUUCAGGUGUGUCGGUCCCAGGGGAUGGUAGAAUGCUCCGUUGGCCUUUAAUCUAUUUAAAACUCGGCUUUGCCAGAAGACAUUCCUUUUUAAUCUGUCCUUGAAAAAUUGCCCUCUCUACUCUUAGCAAAUAAUAGAUGUUUCUGUUGGACGCUGCUGCCUGAGCUUCAACCUCCUAGGCUCAUAUCAAAUGAGUCUCUUGAAGAGCCUCGAGCCCCGGAUUUCUCCUGGAAAAAGCAUUCAGAGGCCAUGCUUUGUACGUCAGUAAUGAGAGUGUGACUCAACAAUAGUGUUCAAACCGGACCCAACCAGCAGAAGGACAGUGAGCAGGGUGUCAAGUGCUGGUUUUGAAGCCUGUGGGAAGUUCCCUAGCCUAAUGCCAUGAAUAUUAAUGGGGAGGAAAAAGCUGUCCAUUCCUGGUCCAGAAUCUCUUCUGCAGGCCAGAAAGCACUGGAGGAAGCUCUCCGGGUCUUCAACCCCAUGUCCAAGAACCUGGCAGAUACAGAGACACAGCUAGUGGCCUUUCUCCAAGGUCUCAGGGAGGAAGGCUACCAGCCGACAGUCUUGGGGAGUAAGGAUGUGUACGGAUACAGUUCCUGUACAGCAGACACUCCCGAGCAGACAAAGGAGCCUGCCCGGAAUACUUCCCGAGCAGCUGCUGGGCUGUCGGCGCCUCCCGAUGCUCCCUCCGGGACCCCGGUGGCAGCGAUGGCGGAAAUGUUGGCUGUCCCUGGGGCGGUCUCCGUGAGUUCCUCGAAAGUCCCCCCUUCGCCGACGUCCAAAACCAGUUCCCCCAACCUUCUGUUGAACUCGCUGAAGCAGACUGAAUCGGACACCUCGAAGACGGCCACGGCAAGUUUCCCUGCCAACACGUAUCCUGGGGUCUACCCGGCCAUGAGAGUCUCCGUGGUCCUGGAGACCUUGGUUCCUUUAAAGUCAACAGCCAACUGUUUAGAAUCCAAAUACAAUCCAGGACAUCUUGGCAUUGCCAACGCUGACCUUAAACUGGUUAAGGCCUCGGGGGCUCCCCGGCUGUCAACUCUGGGCAAGACUGCUAAAGGGCCCCAGAAUGUAGUUAAGAAAACCAGGCUUGCGGAGGGCUUUCUGAGGAGUCCUGGUGGCCGGGUCCUGCAGGAGAGCAAUGCCUGCAAGGCGUCAGGGAUCCUGAAUGGUAGGAUUUCCAGUAGCUCCUCUCAGGGCUGCAGCGGAGGUUCACCAUCCAAGGCCCCCAGAAGCAAAGCCCCAGACGUCCCCGUUGGCAGAAUCGACUGGAGAGACGGCAGCGACGACCCCCGGGAAACGGGGGCUCGGAAAAGGAAGAGAGCCGAGGCGGUUAAAGAACCUCCGCCGAAGAAGAAAACCAAGUCAGUUCCCUGCCUGACUAAAUCUGAGCUGGGGCAGAGCACUUUGAACCUUCUGAAAUUUUGGAUCAUCAAAGUGGAUAAGACCUCGUCGGAUGAUGAAGUGAGACAAAGGGCCCAGAAGAUCCUCAGGGUUAAUCUCUCCCCUGUGAUCAGAAUUCACCCGUUAUUUCACCCCGUGCCCUGAGUCGCUUCUUUUGCCAUUUGCAUUUUAAUUCAUAUGUGCAAGCUAGAUGGCCAGAUCACGGAGAGAAUGAAAGCAACUUUCCUUCUCUUGUGUCUGGUGACAGUAGAUGAUGGAUUGAUAGCUACGAUUCUGGGCCGCUUGCUCCAUUCCUGUUGUUCGCUGUCUGGCCACUGUGCCGCAUUGGAUUGCAUGGGUCCAGAGCCAUGUUUAGAACUCCCCGAGAAAUGACCCCACAUCUCAGUUGGGAGAAAGUGGAGCAUCAGCGUGCCGACUUUACUUGAGGCGCUCUUGGCUAUGCUUUUCUUAACAUGGCAGGGAUACACUCGUGCAAUUGGGAGACCACAUAACUCUUCAUGAUGUGAUACACUGUGAUUUGUUCUUCAAGCUGCACAUUAACUGUU